AUGUUUAAUAAUAUAAAUAAUAAAGUGAAGGAUGAAAAAAAACUGAAUUCAAUACCAAAUGUUGUAGAUAGAGAAAAUGCAGAAGUUGUAGGGAGGUGUGUAAAAGAUAAUUAUAUGACAGUAAAUAGUUAUUACGACCACCAAAAAAAUGGUCAUAAUUCCAAUAAUAAAGAAAAUGAAAAUAUGUAUUGGAAUGGAGAAUACAUAAACGAAAUUAAUGAUGGUUUUGUCAAACAAGAUAGUUAUAUAAAUUAUAAUAAUAUAACUAAUGAAUCACCUAAAACUGAAAAUUGGAAAUAUAUUGAGGAACAUAAUACUGAUAUUAAUAAAAAUAAAAGAAGCAAUUCAAUUUAUAAAGAUAAAAAUAAUAAUAUCGAACUAAAUGAAUCUAUAAAAAAACAAAAAACAUUAAAUGGUGUAACAUAUUAUUCAGGUGAAAAUGGGAAAUAUAAUAAUAUAAUUAAAACAGCUAAUAAUCAAGAACUUGAUGAAGCACAACAAUGGAAUAAUAUGAGUCCAUAUGCAGAAAAUGAAGCUUAUCAAUUAUAUGCACAAAAUAAUAAUAAUAAAAUGCAUGAAUAUCAAACAAAGAAAGAUGUAAUGCCUAUGAAUUUAAAUAAUAAUGUAACUAUUCCUUCAAUGUAUGGAAGUAAUUCAUUUCCUAUGAGAUAUGAAGAUGAUCCAAAUGAAUGGUACAUUACAAGUGAUAAUAGUGAUUGGCUUGUUAAUAAACAGUGUAAUUGGUUAUACAGUGUUAAAGAUAAAAUAUAUUUUAAUAUAAAAAGUCAGGAAAUAUAUUUUGAAGAUAAUGGUAAAUUUUUCUUAGUUGAUAAUUCAAUAGAUAAAGGAGAAAAAAAAAAUAAUGGGUAUAAUGAGUAUAUGUAUGAAGAUAAUAAAAAUAUGGGUGAAUAUAAUGAAAAUAAAUAUUUUGAAACAAAUGUAAAAAAAAGUUAUAGUGAUGAAAAUGAAGGACCCCAAAAAAGUGGAGGUAGCAAUGUGAGUAGUAAACAUAAUAGUGUUUCUUCAGCUAAUGGAAGUAUACAAAAACAAUACUCAAAUGAAAAAAUGAUAAACAUGAACAGUACAGGAAUAAUAUCUCCAAAUAAUAUAAACGAUAUAGAUAUUAAUGAAGAGACUGUUGAAGAAUUUAGUAUGGUUUUAGAAGAUGAUUUAGUAUGUGGUACUUGUAGUAAAAUGGGUAGUCAUAAUCGAAAUGAAAAUGAAGAUUUUUAUAUUACAAAAGAUAUAUUAGAUUUAAAUAAUGUAUCUGAAAAUGAUAGUCUAUGUUUUUUUAGUGCAGUUUUUGAUGGACAUGGUGGAUCGAAUUGUGCUCGAUAUGUUAUGUCUCAUUUAAAAACCAAUUUGAUUGCAAAAUUUCGACAAUCCUUUUUAAUUACUUGUAAAAAACAUUAUAAAGAGAAAAAUACAAAAAUAAAUGAAUUAAGUGUAGCUAUUAAGGCAUUAUAUGAUAGUUGUAUAAAGGGAUUUGAAAUGACAGAUAAAAAUUAUAUAGAGUUAUCUAAAAAAUAUGAUUAUAAAGAUGGUGCAACGGCUUGUGUUGUUUUAAUUUAUGGACCCGAUGAAGAUGGGUCGUUAAAAAUUUUAACUGCUAAUUGUGGUGAUUCAUGUGCAUUUAUAUGUCAUGAUAGAAAACCAAUCAAGUUAUCAUUACAACAUAAACCAGAUUUACAAGAAGAAAGAAUACGUAUAUUAAGAUGUGGAGGUAUUAUAGCAAAUAUUAAUGGGGUCAAUAGGAUAAUUACAAGACAUAAAGAUAAAAAUUCAAAUAAUCGAGAAAAAACAUUUUUAGCUUUAUCUACAUCUCGAUCUUUUGGAGAUAUCCCAUAUAAAAUUCCAAAGAAAAUAGUUUUGUGUAAACCAUUUAUUAGUGUUUAUACCAUUGACUUUGAUUUAGAUUCUUUUCUAGUUUUAGUCACUGAUGGUAUAUUAAAUGUGUUGGCUGACUUUGAAAUAAUUGAUAUUGUAUGGAAGAAUAUUCAUCAAACUCCUGAAUAUGCAGCGGAAGAAGUUGUUAAAGAGGCAGAACGACGGGGAUCAACUGAUGAUAAAACAUGUACUGUUAUUUUUUUCAAUUGGAGAAAAGAUAUUUUCAAUAAAAAUGCAAAAGAUGUGAAUUUUGAUGGAGGAGCACCUCAAGAUGAUUCGAAUCAAGAGGAGAUCAAUAUGUUUUCCGCAACAUAA